AUGAAUAAUCCGUUGACGGCUUCCGGCGUUCCGCCGGGAAGUGCGAUGCGUUCUGGCAGCAAUCGUGGUGCCGCAGUGGGUGUGGGUGGGAGUUUACGGCAACCCAUCGCCGUAGCUGCGCAGCCUGCGGUCAUUCGAGAGGGCGUUCGUGCGGCUUCUCGUCGAGGGUUGGGAACUUCCGCAGGUCCGGCUCGGCAGGUCGGCGAUCGUAGCUACUACAUCGGCCUGCUGCGGCCAAAGAUUGCGGAACUUUCCGCCGAGAUCGAGCGCCUCAACGAGCAGGAACAGCAGAUUGAGAAGAACAGCUCCGUCUUGGUUCAACUCCAGCAGAAAACGAAGUCUCUCAACGAGGAGAUCGAGAAGCUCAAAGGGAUGCUCGCGGAUGUGAAUCUCGCGAUCGAGAGCGCCGACACGCGUGACCUCGCAAGCAUGCGGAAGGAAAACGCGCAGCUCGCGCAGGAGAACGCGCAGAAGCGGAAGGAGGUGGAUAAGCUGUUCCUUAGCCUGCGGGAGGCGGAGGCGAAGAUAAAGGAUAACAUGCAGGCACUCGAUGACGAGAUGCAGAACUUGGAUCGCCGCAUCCUAACGAAUAAUGAAGACUACAACGCCUACAAGGCGGUUCGGGAUGAGGCCUUCGCCGUCUCCCAGCAGGUUCUCGAGAAGCAGCACGAGGUUCGCACCUUAACCGCGAAGCAGGAGCUGCUCAUGACGAAGCUUGACAAGGAUGGCAGCCGACGGCGCGCAGCGGAGAUGCUGUGCGAGAUCCUACGCAAGCGCCGCGAGCGCGAUGAGCUCGCGAAGGAGUGCUCCCUCUCGGUGGAGGAGGAGAAGCAGCUUCUGAUCAAGAAAGUGAAAGCCACUCGCUCCGAUAUCGAGGCGCUUGGGCGGCAAAUCGUCGACACCCGCGACGCGCUGGAAGACUCCAAGAUGCGUCUUAAGUCCCUUGACGACGAGAUUAAAAACUACACGAGCGAAAACGUGAAGACCUACCAGUCGCUAAAGGAGAAGGAGCAGGAGAUGCAGACCUUCUUGGAUGAGUACCCCGACAAGGAGCGCGACUCCCUCGCGAAGAUUGAGCAGGAGCAGCAGGAGAUCACGACGCUCCUGGAGAAGAUAUCGCGCGCGUUGGAGCUUCAGCGGCAGCUCCCCGCCGGUGGCAACCCCGGCGCCCUGCAAGUCCUCACCACCGAGGUCGACGCGAAGCAGGAGCAGAUCAAAAACGACCAACGCACCCAUCAACGCCUGGAGAAAGAGCUGAUGGAACGAAAAGCUGAGCUCGAUAAGGUCUCCCACCUCGAUCGAAAAAUCAAGGAGGAGUUGGAAUCGCAGAACGCGAAGAUGACGGAGCAGAGGGCCGAGAUUGAGCGUUAUGAGGAUCUCGAUGGGCUUCGACAAGAGGUGGAUACCCUCCGGUGCGACUUGGAGGAGCAGUUGAGUUAUUUUAAGUGCGUUUGCGAUCAUGGAAGGCGGUUGGUGGAUGCCGCGAUGGAAGAGUACGGGCGGCGGAAAACGCAACUCCAGGCCGACAGCCUCCACCAGUCCCUAACGGCGCAGGAGCAGAAGCUGCGGUUGUUAUGGCAAACCACCUUCUCUCUGGAGGAUUUCGUCCGGCUAAAGGAGAAGGAGAUGCAGUAUUUACCGAUUAAGGCCGAGUGCUUGCGCUCUGUGGAUGAGAUGAAUAUUCAGCUGAAGGAGCCCUCUCGACUCGCCGGAUCGGGCGGUCCGCCGAUGAUUAACCUGAACAAUUGA